AUGGCAGCAGUCUCUCUUUCCAUUUCUAUAUCAAUAGUAGCAUGGGCUAUCUGGAUUUUAUUAUGCGGAAAGUAUUUGGAUAAUGCACUUCACCAGCUACUUAAACAGGCCAAAGCUUUGCAGGAGACUGGGUGGUGGCUGUCCACUACUGCCCUAGCCAGUAGUAAUUAUUCAAGUGCUUGCCACUGGGAUGGUAUCACUUGCAAUGUUGGUGGAAGCGUCACAACCAUCGAUAGAUCUUUUCAAAGUUUGGGAGUUAUUGGGGGUAUUCUCUUAUCUCGUUGUGUGUUCAAGGAAAAUCAGUUUGAGUUAAGAGAAUCUAAGAAUGGAAACUUAUUCUCGAUAUGGAAUUAUGACAGACAUAUUGCAUAUGAAGACAUCAUUGAAGCAACUAAAGAUUUUGACAUCAGAUAUUGCAUUGGAACCGGUAGUUAUGGCAGCAUUUAUAGAGCAGAGUUACCAAGCAGAAAUGUGGUUGCCUUAAAGAAACUUCAUCAGAGAGAGGCUGACAAUCCAGUUUUCUAUAGGAGUUUUAUAAAUGAGGUAAGGGUAUUAACUGAGAUUCGACAUCGAAAUAUUGUGAAGCCACAUGGGUUCUGUGUACAUAAAAGAUGCAGAUUUUUAAUUUAUAAGUACAUGGAAAGGGGAAGCCUAUUUUGUGUCCUAAGAAACGUUGAUGAAGUUAUGGAACUGGAUUGGAGCAAGAGGGUAAACAUCAUCAAAGACACAGCACGCGCUUUAUCUUACAUGCAUCAUGAAUGCAUCCAGACAAUUGUUCAUAGAGAUAUAUCAUCCAACAACAUUUUGCUGAACUCCGAAUUCCAAGGUUUUAUAUUUGACUUUGAAACUGCUAAACUCCUUGAUCCUGACUCCUCCAAUCAAACAUUGGUUGUUGGCACUUAUGGUUAUAUUGCUCCAGAGUUUGCCUACACGAUGACAGUUACUGAAAAAUGCAAUGUAUAUAGCUUUGGAGUGGUGGCAUUAGAAGUAUUAAUGGGAAGUCAUCCGAGAGAACUCUUGUCCUCAUUAUCAUCAUCAUCAUCAUCAUCAUCUCAAAAUAUGAUGCUAAAUGAAAUAUUAGACCAACGCCUACUACCUCCAAAUCGUCUAAUUGGACAAGAGAUUUUGCUUAUCGCUACAAUAGCAUUUGCAUGCCUGCACACUCAGCCAAAGUCUCGGCCUACAAUGAAAUGUGUGUCACAAGAAUUUCUCUUUUGCAGGAAGCUGAAUGUCAUACCCUUGACUACAGUUUCACUCCCACAAUUGAGGAAACACGCAUCAUAUAUGGCAGGAUCAGGAUUUACUUAUUGUUAGGGUGUUUUGUGUGCUCUCAAGGUGUUGUUUACAUUUCUCGAUCUUUUUUCAAGAAAAAUAUUAUUUGUAAACAUUCUAAAUUACCCCAUAAACCUAGAGUACUCACUGUUCAAGGUUGGAAGCAGCUGGAAUAAAAUAGUGCUGGUG